AGUGCAGUGCGUGUUUGGAAAUUCAGGAGUUCAGUCCUGCAGUGAAUUUCCCUCCUCAAGAAGAAUAAAGAAUGAUGCCUGGCCGGCUGGGAAUGCCAAUUGCGCAGGAACCUCUGUGGAUUUCCUGGCAUGACUCAAAUUGGAUUCCAAUUCUCAAUCCCACAAAUGUUAUGGAUUACUUUUCGGAGAAAUCCAAUCCCUUCUACGACAGGACGUGCAACAAUGAGCUGGUUAAGAUGCAGAGGCAAUCUCUGGAGCAGCUAAACAAUAUGAUUGGAGUUGAGUUUAUCCUUCUUCACGUACAAGAUCCAAUCCUCUAUGUUAUUCGGAAGCAGCACAGGCAUUCCCCAACGGAAGCAACACCCCUUGCUGAUUACUACAUCAUCGCAGGAACUGUCUAUCAGGCUCCGGAUUUGGCGAGUGUCUUCAAUUCCAGACUCUUGUCGGCUGUUCAUCACCUUCAGAGUGCUUUUGAAGAAGCCUCCGGGUAUUCACGGUACCAUCCCAAUAAAGGAUACACCUGGGAUUUCUCCUCCAACAAAGCCCUUACCGACAAAACCAAGACGCAGACAAAGAAGGAAUCCGCCCCAACAAAAGAGGAAGCAAGCUCUCUCUUUCAGAGGAAACGCGUUGAUAUGCUCCUCGGGGAAUUGAUAAGGAAGUUCCCACUCCCAAUGCCAACAACACAUCAGAAUCCCACAAGACAUGAGCCUCCAGCCAAUGUGAAUGGGAAUAUAAAGAAGGAACCACCAGAGGCGGUGGACACGAAGCCCAAUGUUGGGACCAAUCAGCAGACAAAUGGAGCCGGGGACGCUGAAAAUGGGCCUCAAGGCAAUCUAGUAGCUGAUAUAAAGACAGAGAACAAGAGUGAGAUGAAACCACCGCCAGAGAAGAAGAUGAAAUUUAAUUAAAUCUCAAGAAUUUUUUUCUAAUAAAAUCCUAAUUUAAAAUUCA